AUGCGAAAGAGCCUGGACCUUGGAGAAGAUGGCGGGGUCGUAAUAUUCGAUAGCAAUGCCACUCCCGGGUUAGAUCUCGACGAAGACUCAAGAGAUGCGCCGGCUGACUCUCGGCCCCUGGCCAAAAUCUGCGCCUUAUCGAGGAAACACAAUGAUAUGAUCGGUCCUCAAGAUCAGCCGAAUUCCUUGCCGAUAACUCAAAUGGAUCGGGGAUUCCUAAAGCGUCUGUUACGCAGGUUUAGCAAAGGCGCCAUCUGGUAUUUCCAUGAAGAUGGAUCUGUCUUUUCAUCGGAUGAUGAUGAUGCAAGCAACUCAGAAAGCGAAGGCGAUGAUCUAAACCCCUAUUCCCAGAGUCCCAGCAUGUCCCAGCCACAACUCCAGGGUGUAUUACGGGAAAGCGAUCUUCGAACUUUGAGGAAAUACUUCCCUGAUGCUACUCGUAUCGUAUUUACGCCUUUGUGGGAUUCAGUCAAGUCACAGUGGUUUGGUGGCUGCUUUUGCUGGAGCUCGGCUGAAACUCGCAUCUUCAGUGCUCACGUCGAGCUAGGUGGUGUUCUCGGAUUUGGUUCUUCACUGAUGGUGGAGCAUAGUCGUAUCCAAAGUCAAGAAUCGGACAAGAAGAAGGCAGAUUUUAUCAGCAACAUCUCGUGGGUUAUUUCCAGGGACCUUUCUUCUCGAUGCCCUGCCAAGGAUGUUGCGUUGAAACAUGAGCUUCGAAGUCCGCUACACGGAAUUCUAGCUGCGAGCGAAUUCCUUGCUGAACAAGUCGGUUCCGAGCUCCCCAAGUCCCUCCUUGAUACCAUUCGUGCCUGCAGUCAAACACUUCUGGAUACGUUCGAGCAGAUUUUGGAUUUCACGAAGAUCAACUCGUUUCAAAAGAAGCGACGACACCACACUCUUCGCUUAUAUGAGGACCGGGGUGUGGCAAAAUCAUAUGCAUUGCCUGAGUCUCUACACAUUCUAAAGAAUACCAACAUUGUGGCAGUCAUUGAAGAGGUUAUCGAAAGUAUUGCUUUUGGGGCAACCCACUACAAAGGAGGACUUUUUGACGAUUCAAACUCUGCUCCUAUCAAGCACGUCGAUGUCUCCAUUGACGUGGCCCCUGGUGACUGGCUCUUUGUCUUAGACCGAGGGGCUUUGCGGCGUAUAGUCAUGAACAUAUUCAACAACGCGCUCAAGUACACCCAGGAGGGAUCCGUUUCUGUCCGUCUUGAGAUUCAAAAGGGCCCCGUGAACUCGAAAAUUGACCACUCCAACGCGCUUCUUUUGACGGUCUCAGACACUGGAAGGGGCAUUUCAAGCGAAUACCUCCGCUCCGACCUCUUUACUCCUUUUUCGCAAGAGGACCCUUUAGCACCGGGCACUGGACUCGGGAUGUCUAUCGUUCAAAAUAUCCUCCGAUACCUUGGUGGCAACAUCAAAAUCAAGAGCCAACUGGGCAUAGGAACCACUGCCGAGAUUUCAAUACCGCUCACAUGCCCCAGAAGUGAACGUGAAAAGGAUUAUAGUAUUACUCAAGAGCCUUCUAUUCAGUCCACGUUCGAUGACCUUCAGUCUCUGAAACGUGAGAUCAAAGGAAAGGCAGUAUCCUUUCUUCCCUUUGAGGACACUUCAUCGAAAGUUCUUCCUUCCACCCGCGCCAUCACAAACUACUUGACAGAAUGGUAUGGUGUAGAACUUCAACCUUGGACCCCGAACGUCCACGUAGAUCUCAUUGUCAUGGAUGAAACCCAAAUUCCGCGCAUGCAUUCAGCACCAUUACCUAAAGUUCUAGUUCUAUGUCGGAAUGCGCAUCCAUCGCAGGCUAUCAUCCAGAACUUGGAACUACUAUGCGAGCGUGUCGAAUUGCUGCAUCUUCCGUGUGGACCCCAUAAACUAGCACGGGCAAUCCAACAUUGUCUACAAGGAACACCAGUCAAAUCAUCUUCACAAGUCUUUGAUGAAAAGCCCCAAAAUGAUUGCCCAGAAUUUGGUGAUCAACAAACCAGCCCAGUCCUACCUCUGGCGACUGCUACACUGCCACUCGCGACCCAAAUCCAACCGAACACGAACACCGAAACACUCUCCUCUCUCUCCACCUCUCUCGGGACGAAUCUUACGCAGCCACAAAGCCAACCACUUCCAGAAACCAAAGACCUUUUGGUUGACAGGACGGUUCAAACUAUCGACGGAUCUGAAGGGCUUCGCAUUCUUCUAGUUGAAGACAACCCCAUCAACAUGGCGCUACUUCAGAAGCUAGUCGCUCGGCGUCAUCCAAGUAUCUUUGAUACCGCUGUAGACGGUCAAAAAGCCGUUGAAGCAGUCAAGAAAAUGCCCGAGGGGUACCACCUCAUAUUCAUGGACAUGUCAAUGCCCGUGAUGGAUGGCUUCGAAGCCACAGAGGCGAUUCGGGCCCUCGAGUUGGAACGACAAUCCGUAUCACCAGCCAGGAUCAUUGCCUUGACAGGUCUGGGCUCGGAUGAACAUGUGAUGAAGGCAUAUGCUGCAGGCGUUGACAUGUUCGUCACAAAGCCUGUUUCGUUUAAAGAAAUUGCUCGACUGAUCGAUGAUGUGAAGAAUCACGUUCCUUGGACAGACCAACAGUCACUGUGA